GAUUCGAAGAUAGAAACGUAUCAGAAGAUGUGGAGGUUCAUGGAGAACAGGAAGCCGUCAGUGUUCGUGGACACUUACGAAGAAGGGAUCCGACGAGUGUUGGAUGGAAACUACGCCUUCCUCAUGGAGUCCACCAUGUUGGACUACAUUGUCCAGCGAAAUUGCAAUCUCACCCAAAUCGGCGGCCUUCUCGAUUCCAAGGGAUACGGUAUCGCAACCCCCAGAGGGUCUCCCUGGAGAGAUAGGAUAUCGCUGGCAAUCCUGGAGUUGCAGGAGAAAGGCGUGAUCCCAAUGUUUUACAACAAGUGGUGGAAAAACUCGGGUGAUACUUGCAACAAACGCCAAGACCGAGAAAAGGAGUCGAAGGCCUCUGCACUGGGUGUCGACAACAUCGGUGAGAUCUGCCUCUUAUUCUCUACAAAAACAAAAACUCGACAAGAUAAGACCAACAAUGGAUCCAUUCUUAAUUUUUUUUGCGUUUUGUCUCUUUUUUCUAACGAAACUUGUACUGGUGGCGUUUUUGUGGUGCUACUGUGCGGACUGGCGUUUGCAGUCCUCAUCUCCAUCCUCGAGUUCUGCUGGAACUCCAAGAAAAAUGCUCAAACAGAUCAC